AGAUCAAGAGAAGAUCUCAUUUAGAAUAUUUCUUUCCUCUGAGUGAUGUUCCUUCCAGAGGCAGUUUGGAGUGAUCCAAUGGCAGCCAUGCUCUGUGAGUUUGCAUGGUCUGCUGCUUCGUGGGUGGGCUGUUGUUACUCCUAGAUGCCUCCAUUUCACAAUAAUAGCACUUAAAUUUGACAGGGUAGAUCUAGCAGGGCUGACAUUUCAUGAACUGACUUUUGGAAAACGUAGCUUCUUAUGACAGUGCCACAUUUAAAGUCACUGAACUCUUCAGUAUGACUCAUUCUACCAUCACUGCAAUAGUUAUGUGCUUGAUUUUAUAUACCUGUUAGCAGUGGGUGUACCUGAAACACUUGAACUCAGUAACUAGGAGGGAUGUCCACAUACGUUUCACAAUGCAGUGCAGGUGACUAUAUUUUUAUAAACAAAUGCAUGGAAUGUAUGUAAGCAUAAGUACGGCUUAUAAAUGGAGCUUGCAUACAUAUGAAGUAUCAAUGUCUAAACAAACAUUUAAACUGUUGAUGUAGAAUUGUUAAUCCCUAGUUUUUUUUCUAUCAUUCUUGUCCAACAGUUCAAAAGCAGUGAUGAUCUACUAUCUGCUAUGGCUGGAGGCACAGCAGGGAACAGCAGCAGUGUUGCCAGAAACAGAAAGAGUACUCUGGCAGGCACAAAUAACACCGAGAACAAGGCCAAGACUCUCUCAGGCUCUUUUGCUAAACGUGCCUCCUCAGCAACAUCUAAAGAGCCAAGUUCAUGUCGUGAUCGUUUACGCAGCUCUAGAACAUCCAGCAGCAAGAAGCUGUCUUGCGCAGGCUCAGCUGAUGGGGCUCUUCCCAAGCGCUGUUGCAGUCAGGCCCAGGUGUUAGACUCGGAGAGUCGCAUAAACAAAUCCAAGUCUGACAGGCUUCAUGGUGACAAGUUGGCCCUGGAGGCCAAAAUGAAGGACCUUUUAGGUCUUGCUAAGAGCAAAGACUUGGAAAUUCUGCAGUUACGGAUUGAGCUACGAAAUAUGAGGAUCCAACUGGGACUGCCUGAGGAGGAAGAGGUGGGACAAGAAGCCACCAGAGCGUGAGACAACAGCAUUGAUCACGGCAGCGGGUGUGGAGUCCAAACUGCUUCUCCUGCAGGAACAAAACCAAGCAAUUUGUGGAGAACUGAAUUUCCUAAAGAAUGAGAACCGCAUGCUCAAGGACCGUCUCAAUGCCCUAGGCUUCUCUCUGGAGCAGAGAUUGGAUGGGUCUGAAAAGCUGUUCAGCUAUCCUUCCAGUCCUGAACCAUCAUCUUCAGUGGGUGCUGGAAGGCAUGGAGACUGUGGUGCUACCUUGGCAUCAUCAACAGAAUGUUCUGCACCAGGUUCCAUGGAAGACCUUUUAACCAGCGGCCAGCGUAGUGGCUCUACAGACAACCUGGAUAGUGAGUCGAGUGAGAUGUACCAGGCGGUCACCUCCAGCGAUGAUGCCUUGGAAGCCCCAUCUGGUUGCGGUUCAUCUUGUUCCUCUGAGUCUGAGGGUGGAGCCCCAGGAAGUUGUGACCACUCCUGUAAAAGCAGCAGUGGCAACACCAGCGAGGUGUCUGUGGCCUGCUUGACGGAGCGCAUCCACCAAAUGGAGGAGAACCAGCACAGCACAGCUGAGGAGCUGCAGGCCACGCUCCAGGAGCUUGCCGAUCUGCAGCAGAUCACGCAGGAGUUGAAUGGUGAGAAUGAGCGACUGGGUGAAGAAAAAGUGCUGCUCAUGGAUUCCCUUUGCCAGCAGAGUGAUAAGCUGGAGCACUGCGGCCGGCAGAUCGAGUAUUUCUGCUCACUUCUUGAUGAGCACGGUGUAGUUUAUGCUGUUGACGAAGACAUUAAGAGUGGCCGCUACCUAGAGCUGGAGCAGCGUUACGUGGAGCUGGCUGAAAAUGCACGAUUUGAUCGCGAGCAGCUCCUGGGCGUGCAGCAGCACCUGAGCAACACUCUGAAGAUGGCUGAGCAGGACAAUGCAGAAGCACAGGAUGUAAUUGCUGCUCUAAAAGAGCGCAACCACCACAUGGAGAGGCUAGUGGAGACAGAGCGCCAGGAGCGCGCUUGCAUAGCUGCUGUGCUGGAGGAAUGCAGAGCAAAAGUGGGCAGCAAUCAGGCUGAGCUGAACCGUUGCAGGGCCUUGCUAGAGCAGGAGAGACAAAAAGUAGCUGAGCUCUAUUCCAUUCAUAAUGCUGGAGAUACGAGUAAUAUCCGGCAGCUGCUGGAGAGAGUCAGGCUGGAUAAAGAAGAUGCUGAGGACAAGGCCACCAAGCUGCAGGAUGAACUGGGACACGCAUGUGCUGAGGUGAUCCGACUGCAGGACACCCUCAAAAAGUUGGAUGUAGAAUACAGGAACUUUCAGAGUGAGGUUCAGAUGGAGCUGGUGGAACAGAAGCGAGCUGUAGAGAAGCAACGAGGAGAUCUACAAGAGAAAGAAACAGAGAUUGCAGACAUGAAAGAUACCAUCUUUGAACUAGAAGAUGAAGUGGAGCAGCACAGAGCUGUGAAACUGCAUGACAAUCUCAUCAUCAAUGACCUGGAAAGUUCAAUGAAGAAACUGCAGGACCAGAAGCAUGACAUGGAGAGGGAGAUUAAGAUACUACACCGCAGGCUCAGAGAGGAGUCUGCAGAGUGGCGGCAGUUUCAGGCUGAUUUGCAGACAGCUGUGGUCAUUGCCAAUGACAUCAAGUCUGAAGCGCAGGAGGAGAUAGGUGACCUGCGACGUCGCCUGCAAGAGGCCCAAGAGAAGAAUGACAAACUCUGCAAAGAGCUGGACGAGGUUAAAAACCAAAAACAGGAUGAAGAGCGUGGCCGUGUGUAUAACUAUAUGAAUGCCGUGGAGCGGGAUCUGGCUGCAUUGAGGCAAGGCAUGGGGCUAAGUCAGCGUUCCUCCACCUCCUCUGAGCCCUCACCUACAGUCAAAACUCUUAUCAAGAGCUUCGACAGUGCCUCCCAAGGCCCAGGUAUGAAUGCUUCAGCAGCUGCUGUUGCUGCUGCUGCUGCUGCCGCUGCUGCUGCUGCUGCUGUAACCACGGUGUCUGCUACAUCCUUAACACGCAAUCCUCUCAGUCCUAGCCCCCUAAAGACCCCUCCUGCGGCUGCUGUAUCACCUAUACAGAGGCAUUCCGUCACAGGCUCUCUGUCUUCUGCAAUGCCCCUUUCCUCCCUCACAGAGAAAAGACCCAGCUAUGCUGACAUCAGCAUGUCAGGUGAGCAUCUACUUCGAGCAGCCAGUGGGAGUCGUCCUGCCUCUGUUCUCCAAAGAGUCUCCAAUCUGGACUCUUCGAAAGCCAUUUCAGUCUCUAGAAGGAGCAGUGAGGAGGCGAAGAAGGAUCUAAAUGUUCUAGACAGUGGGCCCAGCCCCUCUCUAAUGACCAUAAGUUCUGCAGUGUCUUCUCUUUCCCUGCCCUCCUCAUCCCCGACAGCCUCUGUCACUCCUACAGCACGUAGUCGCCUACGAGAGGAGAGGAAGGAUCCUUUGUCAGCCCUGGCCCGAGAGUAUGGUGGCUCCAAGAGGAAUGCACUACUAAAAUGGUGUCAGAAAAAGACAGAAGGUUAUCAGAACAUUGAUAUAACCAACUUCAGCAGCAGCUGGAAUGAUGGACUGGCCUUCUGUGCUGUUCUUCACACAUACCUACCAGCUCAUAUACCAUAUCAGGAACUCACUAGCCUGGACAAGAGACGUAACUUCUCUCUGGCUUUCCAGGCAGCUGAAAGCGUAGGAAUCAAGUCCACUUUGGAUAUCAAUGAAAUGGUCCAUACCGAAAGACCAGACUGGCAAUGUGUAAUGACGUAUGUCACUGCUAUAUACAAGUACUUUGAGACCUGAGAACAUCGCUUUAUCUGACCAAGCCACUCUGGUCACUGUCUCUGACCAAGGUUUUCCAACCAAAACCACCCCUCACACUUGUAACUUCAAAAAUAAGGAACUGAGUUGAUCAAAAAACUACAUACUGUCCUGUUUUAUUAGUUUGCCAUUUCUUCAUUGGUCCUGUGUAGGUUCCUCAGUUUGGGUGACAUGAGAUGGAUUCAAACUACAGAGACUGUGAGGAACCUGAGUAGCCUUUGUGCCUUCUCCUUUUUUCCUUCUUAGCUUUAGACACAGUCAAAUGCAGUGUGGAAAUUAGCAAGUCAAACCUUAAAGUGCUUCGAGCUUAAUAAGGGCUUAGGACGAAAGACCAAAAUGAUCCAGAGCAGAACUGGGAUUGUGAACCACUGAUCAGCCAUAAAAGUAUUGGCAUUUUUGUUUGCUGUAGGGUGUUUGGUAAUCUACAUAGACACCAACUGAUCUAGUGUUUCUUCUGAAAUCAAGCAGCCCACUCGCAACCCUACCCACACCCCUUUUGCUGUAGUAAUAGCUUCUACUCUUCAAGAAUGGCUUUACACUACAUGUAGGAACACUGCUAAUUUUUUAAUUUUUUAAAAACUUUUUAGAUGUUCAUAUUCAAUUUUACAUUAUAAUAUAAUAAUAAAGUACAGUACGACGUUCUUUUAUUCAUUUUUGGAAACAUGAAUAGCGCUUAUAACCCAGUAGCCAAUUAUUGUGAAAAUUCAUAGGUUAGUAGACAGUCCCUAGCUUUACGUACUAUUCAAGUAAUGUGAUGAUUGGCCAGGGCUAAACCUGUAAAAUUCCUGGUGAUAUGUGAUUGGCCAAUAGUGGCAGUGUUUUUCCAAUUAUUGAGCCAUCAUUUGAAACCCUAUUAUAACCUAGCUUAUGAAUUGGAGAAGUGGUUGUUCAGAAACAGUAAUUUGUGUUUUUGCUACCGCAAAUAUCAGAAGAAGAAUUAUAAUAAGAAAAAUUCUAACAAAAAAGUUAGAGGUCCAGCAACGUGCGCUUGGACUUCUAAUGAAGUACACAUUUAUUUUCUGGCCAAAAUAAAACAUUGGUGUGUACAGAAAGGCAUUAAAAGCACAGUGUGUUGUUUUCCUUUUACCGAUUAUGAGGUAACAAAUAACAGUUCCCUCUGCUGGAUGUUUGCAAUCAAUUUCCUGUAGCAUUCUUCAAGCCCUAAUAGAUGUGUGUCGCUAUUUUGUAGUCCCAAAGCCCAAAAUAAGAAACUCCAGGUCUAGGCUCAUUUUGCCUAUGGGAAAAAUUAAUGGUAUUUUUAAAAAAACUGUCUCACCUUGUGAUAAACAAAAAAGUUUCAAACUUGAUUUGUUUUGCCAUAUGUAUGUUUCACACAAAUGUCAUUGGGUCCUCUGAAUUAUGAGGUCGUUAAUUUACAUGCAAGCUAACACUUGUGCGCUUGAAUUGGGAUUAUAAAGCCCAUUGUAGACUAUGCAAUAACAGUGGUCUUGUAUGUAUAUUGCAGGGCACACUGCACACGAUUUUGUAAAUUAAAUCUUGGCCAUAUUCUGUGGCAGACUGUACAAAGUCACAUGCAGCAAGUCAGAUCAUAAGAUAAAGAUUUUGGAAAGAAACUUUUAUGCUGAAAAAUGAGGUUAUCCAUAAAAAAAUGCCUUUGCAUAAUAAUGACAAUGUUUUUCACUAAGGCACUACAUUGACCGCUGUGGAGCAUAUCUCAUUAAACAUUAAAAGUCCACAGGUUUUAACUUGCAGUUAACAUCUUUUUUGAUUAUAGAGUGUACCAGUGCCUUAAGUAUGGAAACAAUGUUAAAAUACCCAAUACAAACCAUAAAGCUUUGUCUAGUGUGGUAGUUGGGUGGCUUGGGCAGUAGUAGCCUGCAAUUUAAGUAGCUGUUGAUUCCUCACCUGCAUGAUAAAGGUCAGUUCAUGCAAAUGAGGUUUGCACAGCGUUGUAUAGCGAGAAGCUCCAUGGUGGUCAAACUGGUCCAGAAGGAUCUAUCUAUCUAUCUAUCUAUCUAUCUAUGUAUCUAUCUAUCUAUCUAUCUAUCUAUCUUAUUUUUAACAUUUCUGUUGAAAUAUAUACAUGUAGUUCUGAAUACAGAGCUUGGUGUAUUAUUAUUUCAAUACUGUGCAUUCUGUGUAUUUUCAAAAAUAAUUUACAUUGCACCUAAAUCUAAUCAAAUCUGUGUGAAAUUUGCGAUUUCAUAGUGCAUUGAAUUGUUUCCUAAAAAUAAUAAUUGAGCCAUUGUGAUAUUUUAGAGGCUUCCAUCCCUGAUCAUUGCAUUUUAUUACUGCAUGGCAAAUUCAGUUCUGGCUUAAACACUGAUUCCAAACAUUUGUGCAGCAGUGUAUACAUUAUAAGGUCACAGUAAAGAUAUUGUGUAAUGUACUAUGUAUUUGAAAAGCUCAUAUUGUCCCAUAGUGGAAUACUGUUCUCUCAACUUGUCUCAAUAAAUUUGAAAUUUUUGAA